GAGAAGGGAAGAGCAAGAGCCUGCCGGGCCCGGCAGGGCAGCGACGGAGGAGCGGGGCCGUACACCCCAUCCGCCCGCCCUGCUGGGAUGUCUGAGGAACCCAGGUAUCCAGGCCGGUGACCGAGCGAGCCCAAGGAUGGGACGGCGGCCGCAGUUCCGGCUCUUCAAGGCCCUUCUCCUCCUGGGGCUCAGCCCCAUCUCUGCCUCCUUCCAGGACCAGCACUGCGAGAGCCUGUCCCUGGCCAGCAACGUCUCUGGACUGCAAUGCAAUGCAUCCGUGGACCUCAUUGGUACCUGCUGGCCCCGGAGCCCUGCAGGGCAGCUUGUGGUUCGACCCUGCCCUGCCUAUUUCUACGGUGUCCGCUACAACACCACAAACAACGGCUACCGGGAAUGUCUGACCAAUGGCAGCUGGGCCGCCCGUGUGAACUACUCGGAGUGCCAAGAGAUCCUCAGUGAGGAGAAGAAGAGCAAGGUGCACUACCAUGUCGCUGUCAUCAUCAACUACCUGGGCCACUGCGUCUCCCUGGUGGCCCUCCUGGUGGCCUUUGUCCUUUUCCUGCGGCUCAGAAGCAUCCGGUGCCUGAGAAACAUCAUCCACUGGAACCUCAUCUCAGCCUUCAUCCUGCGCAAUGCCACGUGGUUCGUGGUCCAGUUCACUAUGAGCCCUGAAGUCCACCAGAGCAACGUGGGCUGGUGCAGGUUGGUGACAGCUGCCUACAACUACUUCCACGUGACCAACUUCUUCUGGAUGUUCGGGGAGGGGUGCUACCUGCACACGGCCAUCGUGCUCACCUACUCCACCGACCGGCUGCGCAAGUGGAUGUUCAUCUGCAUUGGCUGGGGUGUGCCUUUCCCCAUCAUCGUGGCCUGGGCCAUUGGGAAACUGUACUACGACAACGAGAAGUGCUGGUUUGGCAAAAGGCCUGGGGUAUACACCGACUACAUCUACCAGGGCCCCAUGAUCUUGGUCCUGCUGAUCAAUUUCAUCUUCCUCUUCAACAUCGUUCGCAUCCUCAUGACCAAACUUCGGGCGUCCACUACAUCUGAGACCAUUCAAUACAGGAAGGCUGUGAAGGCCACACUGGUGCUGCUCCCGCUCCUGGGCAUCACGUACAUGCUGUUCUUCGUGAACCCCGGGGAGGACGAGGUCUCCCGGGUCGUCUUCAUCUACUUCAACUCCUUCCUGGAGUCCUUCCAGGGUUUCUUCGUGUCUGUGUUCUACUGUUUCCUCAACAGCGAGGUCCGCUCGGCCAUCCGGAAGAGAUGGCACCGAUGGCAGGACAAGCACUCGAUUCGUGCCCGAGUAGCCCGCGCCAUGUCCAUCCCCACCUCCCCCACCCGUGUCAGCUUUCAUAGUAUCAAGCAGUCCACAGCUGUCUGAAUUGGGGGCCAUGGAGCAGCUCCCCGAGAUCUAUGUUGGAGAAGAUGGUCGUCAGGCUCAGCCAACUGCCCUGUCUGUGGAGGGACCAGCUCUUUCCCACACCCUGUACCCCCAGGAGUGCUGGCACCAGGGCCCGGGAGGCCCCUCCUUGGUCCCCGGCUGAGCAGAAGUUCUAGGCUGAUGAGAAAAGCUGCAGUCUGGGCCACGGGACGAAUGGAAAAUUCCCUGUAGGACUGACUGGGCUGGGCCCAGGGCCUGUGGCUCCCCUUUGCCCCAGUCCUCCCUGGAGAAUGGGCUGGGAAUGGAGUGGGAAUGGGGAGCCGGGAAAUCCAAAGCAGCACAGCAGUUCCUGCAAGAAAUGUCUUCUCCCAGAGCACAAGGUGACUAGCACAGUGGAGACCUGGGGCUUCUUUCUUGGCGACUGU